AACAAAAAUAUAUACAUUGAUCCGUAAAAUAACUUCUCCUCCCAUAAGCGAAAAAAAAACGUAAUACAUACGAGUCGCCGCACUUCAGUGCAACCCCAAUUAAGGUCUUACUCAUGAACUUAUCGUUGCGAUCUUACGAGAUAUUAUAAGGUAUUAUCAGAUCUUACAAUCGAUAGUGCUAAUCGUGAUUUUUAAACCCUGCUUUUUACGAUAACCACAAUCGACUGCAAUCAAAUAUUAAUCAGUGAUUAAAUAAAAUACGCGACUAUUUUUAUAGUGUCGUACUUCCACACGCUGGGUAUGCGGAUACUUUGAUAACAGAUGGCACUUCGAUACCAGAUAACAACACAAGCCACGCGCGAGAGGUAACAACAGUUGUUUUUAAGUUAUAUCAUAAAGAUUAGUUUUUUAGACAAGGCGCAUGGUCGAGUUUAUAAAUGGUGUAUCCUUUUCUAUUGCAAAGAAAAACAUCUCGGAAGAAUGGUAGAUUUUUCAACCGAAAAAUAGAAAAUUCGGUCGGAAAACAGCAUAAACUGGAUGAACAGUAAACAUUUCAACAAAAUAAAACUACUUAGAAAUAGUGCAAGAAAUUGUUUGAUAUUCCAGCAUGUAGAGUAAUCACUGUGCAUCAAAUACUAAAAUUUUGAUAGUAUUCAAUUAAAUAUAAACAAAGAUAGAGUAUGUUUUAAUAGGUGGUAUUCAUGACGUUGCGAGGUGGUAUUCAUGACGUUGCGGAUACUUUGAUUCCCGAUAUAGGGCACUUCGGAUAACAGAGACUUUAAACAAAUUGGGCACUCUGAUAACCGAGUUUUAUCUUCUACCUGAAAUGCAUUUAUGUUUAUUAUGGCUAUUCUUACCAAACAUUUUGAAGUACGAAUCAAUUUGCAUUGUCAAGCUCGACCUAUUAGCCAGUUCAAUAACUGUUGUUACCGCCCCUGAAAAUUACCCCCCCUUUACUGCUCUUCGCUGAGGAGGUAAAAAAUCAAUUACCGGUGGUUAGCAAAUUAUUGCGCAAUGGACGACUUAUCGAAUCUAGAACACAAAUCAACCGAGAAGAAACGGAAUUACUGCUGUAUUUGCAGUAAUUUUCGGGGAAAAUUAGUAGAUGGGAAACAAGUGAGGUUGCAUAGAUUUCCAGCCGACGAAAAAGUGAGAAAACUAUGGAUCAAAAGACUGAAAACUGUCAGCACUGGCUUCGUUUUGAAGAUCAAGAACGAUCGGCUGUGUUCAGCACAUUUUGUCGAUGGGGUCUACAACAGCAAGAACCAAAUUCCCAGUAUCUUCAUGGUGAACAACAAGCAGAAGAUCUUUAAAACAUCGGAGGUUGAGGAAGAAAGUUACACAACAGAGGCAUCUGCAAUCCUGCAAGAAAACGAAGAUAGCCGGGAUAGUGAUUGCUAUGAAAACACUUCCCUGAACUCCUGUUUUGUGUCAGAGCAUGUGCCAGUUCAAAUGCAUGACUAUAUAACUAGUUCUGUGAAGGAAACAUGUACUGUGACACAGACUCUACCAAAGCUUAUACAAACUGAUUGGAUCAUGUGUGACAUGGCUACACAGACAGAUCUCUGCUUAUCGUUGUUCCAAAAACUGACAUUUGACACAUCUUCACAGAGUGAUAUGAAUAACUGUAGUAUUGAAAAAGACAUUGGGAUUCAGUGCAACAAACCGGAAUUGGUAGCUGAAAACAUUGUAAGUGACGACAUGUGUAUGUUUUACACCGGCUUGCCAAACAAGGAAGUUUUCAAUGCAAUAUUUAGCGAACUGGACGAUGCAGAGGAAAGAACCAACCGAUCAGAAAAUGGGGAGAACAUGGGACGGCCUAGAACGCUUCGACUGGUGGAUGAAUUUUUGCUAGUUCUGAUGCGCUUGAGACUUGGUUUGCUUUUAGAAGACUUGGCGUACAGAUUCCGCAUUUCAAAAGCAACCUGCAGUAAAAUAUUAAUAAGCAGUGGAUCAUGUAUCUAAGUGUGAAAUUGGCAUCAUUGAUACCAUGGAUAUCUAGAAGAUUUAUAAGAGAGAAUAUGCCAGCAAAAUUUAUGCAUAACGUAAUUACAUAAACACGUAAAAUAUAACCAAUGGCGUUGAACGUGUUCAAGAAUCUUAUUACUUUUAAUUUAUAUAAUUAAUAUUAUAAGUGCAAAGUUUAAAUAAGAUUCAAAUGCUUAUUUCUGAAGUAAUAUAUUUCAAGUGACGGCCGAAAAUAAAUGUCUAAAUAAUAAACUUGUUUGUAAGUGGUAAAUUGAUAUUAAGAAAAUUGAAAAUACAACGGAUCAUGUGGACCAACACGACUGUGUUCAAUUGAACUUAUAGCAGGACUCGAGAUCACAGGUGGUUAGCGUGUGGCUAUGAUAUUAAU